CGUUUCCUCCCUCUUUGCAGUUGGUGUGCCUGGGCGAGUGGCAGUCAAUCCCCUGGCGGCUGGAGAACCUGGAAUGGCCCCCAAACCAGCCUCCCCUGUCGGAGGGCCAACCCAGGAGGAGAAGAGCAGACUUCUGAAAGAGCGACUGGACCAGAUCUACUUUGUCAACGAGCGGCGCUGCUCACGAGCCCCCGUCUACGGCAGAGAUUUGCUGCGGAUUUGUUCCGUGGUCGGCCGAGAACAGACAGCUUGGCCCGGGGCUUCUGACAGCAGUCAGCGGAGGGGGGCCGGGCCAGCGAGCGCUUACACGUCUCCCUCAAAUGGUCAAAAGGACCUGAUCUUGACGCUGGCCCAACGGCAAGCCUGCCUGCAGGAUGUCAUCGACAGGGUGGUGUGUGUGAUCCCUCCAGUGGUGGCUGCACCCCCGUCCUUGUGGGUGGCGAGGCCGCCGUCCCUCUACAGCCACAGGCUGAGGAUCCUGCGGCACUGCCUGAGAGAGCACACGGCUCCCUACGCGCAGCAGCUGCGGCGGAUGACCGCCCUGCGCUCCCUCCGGUUUCCUGAGCUCAGAUUGGUGCAGUUUGACUCAGGAAAGCUCGAAGCUUUAGCCAUCUUACUUCAGAAGCUGAAGUCUGAGGGGCGUCGAGUGCUGAUCUUGUCACAGAUGGUUCUCAUGCUGGACAUUUUAGAAAUGUUCUUGAACUUCCAUUACCUCACCUACAUCAGGAUCGAUGAAAACGCCAAUAGCGAGCAACGGCAGGAGCUGAUGAGGAGUUUCAACAGAGACCGGAGGAUUUUCUGUGCGAUUCUGUCGACACACAGCCGUGCCACAGGAGUGAGCCUGGUGGAGGCCGACGCGGUGGUGUUCUACGACAAUGACCUGAACCCCGUGAUGGACGCCAAGGCCCAGGAGUGGUGCGAGCGGAUCGGGAGGCGCAAGGACGUCCACAUCUACAGGCUUGUGAGCGGGAACUCCAUCGAGGAGAAGCUGUUGAAAAACGGAACCAAAGACUUGAUCCGGGAAGUGGCCGCUCAGGGCAAUGACUACUCCAUGGCCUUCCUGACGCAGCGGACCAUCCAGGAGCUGUUUGAGGUAUGUUCUCCCACCGACGACGCCGGCUUCCCAGUGAAGGCAGAGGAAUUCGUGGUCCUCUCUCAGGAGCCUUCUGCUACAGAAAUCAUCGCACCCAAAAUUGCAAGACCUUUCAUUGAGGCCCUCAAGAGCAUCGAGUACCUGGAGGAGGACGCGCAGAAACCCGAGGGGGAAGCCGUGCUGGGGUCGUGCGGCUCUGACAGCCCGAGGUGGAGCGAAGAGCCGACGCAGCUGGAGGAGUUAGCGGACUUUAUGGAGCAGCUUACACCCAUUGAGAAAUAUGCUCUGAAUUACCUGGAAUUGUUCCACACGCCUACUGGCCCCGAGAAAGAGGGGAACAGCGAGGAUGCCGUACUGACUGCCGUGAGGGAGUGGGAGGCCCGGAACGCCAGGGCCCUGCGGGAGAGGGAGACGCAGGCGCUGCAGGAACGGGAGCAGGAGCAGCUUCUCACCUACACGCGGGAGGACGCCUACAAUGCGGAGUACGUGUGUGAAGGUGCCGACGGGCAGAUGGAAGUCAUGCCGCUCUGGACACCGCCCACGCCCCCCCAGGAUGACAACGACAUCUACGUGGACCCGGUCCUGUGUCUCACGUACGAAACCACGCCCAUCCCAGAGUCCAAGCUGCCUCCCGUGUACGUGAGGAAGGAGCGCAGGCGGCACCGCACGGACCCCUCAGGCAGAAAGAAGAAGCAGCGUCACGGGGAGCCGGUCGUCCCUCCUCGCUCGCUGUUUGACCGUGCAACACCCGGCAUGUUGAAAAUGCGACGGGAGGGGAAGGAGCAGAAGAAGAACAUCCUGUUGAAGCAGCAGACACAGUUUGCCAAGCCUUUGCCGACUUUUGCCAAACCAACGGCUGAGUCGGGCCCAGACAACCCUGAGUGGCUCAUCAGCGAGGACUGGGCGCUGCUGCAGGCCGUGAAGCAGCUCCUGGAACUGCCUCUGAACCUCACCAUCGUGUCCCCGGCCCACACGCCCAACUGGGACCUCGUCAGCGACGUCGUCAACUCCUGCAGCCGCAUCUACCGCUCUUCCAAGCAGUGCCGGAGCCGCUACGAGAACGUGCUCAUUCCCAGGGAGGAGGGGAAGAGUAAGAACAACCGGCCCCUGCGCACAGGCCAGAUGUACGCCCAGGACGAGAACGCCACGCACACACAGCUGUACACGAGCCACUUCGACCUGAUGAAGAUGACGGCCGGCAAGAGAAGCCCCCCCAUCAAGCCUCUGCUCGGCAUGAAUCCCUUUCAGAAGAACCCCAAGCACGCCUCCGUGUUGGCAGAAAGCGGGAUCAACUAUGACAAGCCGCUGCCUCCCAUUCAGGUCGCGUCUCUCCGAGCAGAGCGAAUCGCCAAAGAGAAAAAGGCGCUGGCCGAUCAGCAGAAGGCACA